CGAAGCGGGAAGACCGCGGCGACACCAGCCGGCGUCUUCCACAGCAGCAGCAGCAGCGACCCCGCGCGCGCCUCACAUCGCCACCAGCAGCCCAGCCACCCUCUCUCCCCCCCCCCCGCUCGGUCGCGCGCCCGCCGGUCGCGCGCGUGCGCGAGCCCCAGGCUGAGUCCUUUCUCUCUCCGUGUCUCCCUCUCCUGCUUCUCUCUCUCUCUCUUUCUCCGAGCCUCCUCCAUCCAGCACCGGCGCCGAGGAUGGGCAGCGAGAGCGCGCGCAGGAGCAGCCCCGGCUCGGCCGCUCCCCCCUGCGCCCGCUCUUGCUCGUGCUGCUCCUCUUGCCCCGCUGCCCCCAGGGCGGCGCCUCGGCUGCGCUCCCGCCUUUUCCCACCGAGGACGGAUCAAAUUAUGACAUCAUCACCCAAAGGAAUUUUCCGGCCAUUUCUAUUUAUCUUCAUUGUGCUGGGAUGCUUCAUGGCAUGUCUGCUUAUUUAUAUCAAACCGACAAACAGCUGGAUAUCUGGUCCUAUUGAAUCAGCCAGCUCUGUUCUAAAAAUGAAGAACUUCUUCUCCACCAAAAAUGAUUAUAUCAAUGAGACAACUAUUCUGAUAUGGGUAUGGCCGUUUGGCCAGACAUUUGAUCUGAAAUUCUGCCCAACAUUUAACAUCCACGGGUGCCAUCUGACUACAGACCGCACACUAUAUAACCAGUCUCAUGCCGUUCUUAUUCACCACAGAGAUAUCAGUUGGGAUCUGACUAAUUUACCUCAGCAACCUAGGCCGCCAUUUCAAAAAUGGAUCUGGAUGAACUUGGAAUCACCAACACACACUCCACAAAAGAGUGGGAUUGAGCAUCUAUUCAAUUUGACCCUCACUUAUCGUCGAGAUUCAGACAUUCAAGUGCCUUAUGGCUUUAUGGUAGUUAGCACAAGCUCCUUUCCAUUUGAAAUGCCGAAUAAAGAAAGACUGGUGUGUUGGGUGGUGAGUAACUGGAACCCAGAGCAUGCUAGGGUCAAAUAUUAUAAUGAACUAAGUAAAUACCUUGAGAUCCAUACCUAUGGACAAGCAUUUGGAGACUAUGUGAGUGAUAAAAAUUUGAUCCCAACUAUCUCCGCUUGUAAGUUUUACCUUUCCUUUGAGAAUUCUAUCCACAGAGACUAUAUCACAGAGAAGCUUUACAAUGCUUUUCUUGCUGGAUCUGUGCCAGUCGUUCUAGGUCCUCCUAGAGAAAACUAUGAGAAUUACAUCCCUGCUAGUUCUUUCAUUCACGUGGAGGAUUUUCUCUCUCCAAGGGACCUCUCAGAGUAUCUUCUUUUGCUCGACAAAAAUGAUAAACUGUAUGUUAGCUACUUCGACUGGAGGAAGGAUUUUUCAGUGCACCUUCCUCGAUUUUGGGAAUCACAUGCAUGCCUUGCCUGUGACCAUGUAAAAAGACACCAGGAAUACAGAAUGCUAGUUGAUUGACAAAGUGAACAUUUUCUAUCCUUGGCGAAGUAUUAAGUGGCAUGCUUUGAAACCACACAGUCAGAAUUAAAUACGAACUGAGUGCUUUGUUGAAAUGAAGAUUCAGAAGGCAGCAAAUGAAAGUCUGUUUCCAUUUGGGGACAAAGGAAGCAGCUUUAUACCAGGUAAGACUAUUUGUCCAUCUAGCAGAGGCUGCUCAUCAUUUCAGGAUGCAGAAAUAUUUCCACAUCAACUGCUACCUGAUGCUUUUAACUGGAGAUCCCACCAGUUCAGCCUGGGGCCUUCUGCAUAACAAAGCUCAUGCUCCAUUUCUGAGCUUGGUCCCUCCCAUAAGCAAUAAGCAAUCUUUUUUGUUGUUGUUUAUCUGAUAGGACCACUGUUUCAACAGUAGGUAGAUAUUUUGUCUAAUGCCUUGAAAAGAGUAAAAGAUUUAUCAGUUAGGUGACAAUCUUAUACCUGGGAGUAAUCACCACUGAACUAAGUGGGACUUCUGGGUAGCUGGGUGCAUAGAAUUCUAUUGUUAGCCUUGUAUUUCUGACAGUUGCAAAUUAUCUACUUCUCAGAUGUAACCAUCUGACAAUGAUUCAGCCAUUAGCAGGCUGCUAUGAUAGGAAUAUUCAGUCUCAGAAGUGAUCCCUGAGCUGUGUGCACAAUUAAGACAGUACUGGGACACUUACUGGUGGGAAAUGUUUGAAAAUUGCUAGAUCAGGCUACAGCUGUUUUGGGCUUGAAUUUAAGCCCAUAGAAUAGAGUUUCUCAGUGGUGAUAUUAAUGCACCUCCCCUAUGUCAUUAUGUUGUGAUGAUACUGCAGCCUUUUAUUGGGGCACAAAUAUUUUAAGGUCAGAGAUCUAAGCAAACAUUUCAGUUCAUAUUUCUUUCUAAGUUGAUGAAUACAAAUGCUUUUGAUUACUUCAUGUUUUAACAAUAAACAUAAAAGCAUGAUUAUCAAGACCACAGUACAACAGAAGGCUGCAGAAUGAAUCAUGAAGGCUGACAGAACCUUUCAUCUGUUGGGAAAGUGAAAGAAGAGAAAGCAGGAGAGCGACUAGAAGGUUGUCGAUGUCUUCAGAGUUGUCAGUGUUCAUUAUCUUCCGAAGGGGUUGUGCAUACAGUUUGGGAGUUGAUGACAGAUGUGGUGCUCCAUGUUCUCCACACUUUCAGAAGGAAUGAGCAGUAGCAGCCAGUGAGGUGAGGCAGCUUACCUGAAUAGCUCUGGGGCAGAGCAGUGGGAAGAUAGGGGCUGGCAGAGCCAAUCCAGCACUUCCACCAGCACACCUGCACAGCCCUAACCUUGCUCCGUCCCUGCCCCAGCACUAGCCAAGUAACCUGUAGCAACACUGGUGUUUGGAUGCAAAUCUGUGGCACUGCCCCACCAUAUUGGCCACUAUUGUCAGUGAGCAGAAACCUGAUUAAAAUGGUGGUUUAUUUUGAUGGGCAAUGGCAAUAGAACAUUUUGAUUUAGUUGGAUCACAUUUAUAAAUGCCCCACAUUGUGUGGACUGUUGGCACCUAGGAUAUUGAAUAUUAGGUGAUGGCUUUCUACUUGCAGAAUACUAUUGCUCCUAAGAUACAUUGAUCUACCUAUAUAUAGCAAGUCCAAUCCAUGUGUUUCUUAAUGUGUUUGGGGAGAAGCACCCAUCCUUCUGUUUCAAAGGGUUUUACAUUGUCUCAGUACUUUGUGGCUAAAAUCUAUUCCUGCCCUUUAAUGAAUGUAUGAAUCGAGGGUUUCGUUAACACUAAAUCAAUGCAAUAAAAAAGAACAGCCUUUUAGGCACUGAAAGUAGACACUUCCCCUGAGAGAAGGACUAAGCUGUUUGCUUAAAUGUAUUUUAUUAAAAAGGUAAAAAUUGUAGGUAUUAGAACUGGGGUCCCUGGUGUGGUGCCCUCAGACACACACA